AUGGAUCUACAGGACAUCCAGGAUGUUGAUGGACACUGGAAGUCCCAGCUGAACCUGCAGGGUGGGCCCUGUUUGCAGCUGGAGGAUGAUGAUGACGACGAUGACAUGGGGGAGCACGACGAGGAGCACCCUGGCAUGGAGGUGGUGCUCCACGAGGACAAGAAGUACUACCCCACAGCUGAGGAGGUGUACGGGCCUGAGGUGGAGACCAUCGUGCAGGAGGAGGACACACAACCACUCACUGAGCCCAUUAUUAAACCCGUGAAGACCAAGAAGUUCUCCCUGAUGGAGCAGACGCUGCCAGUCACUGUCUAUGAGAUGGAUUUCCUGGCAGAUCUCAUGGACAACUCGGAGCUGAUCCGGAAUGUGACUCUGUGUGGGCACCUGCACCACGGCAAGACAUGUUUUGUCGACUGCCUGAUAGAACAGACGCACCCGGAGAUCCGGAAGCGCUAUGACCAGGAUCUCUGCUACACUGAUAUAUUGUUCACAGAGCAAGAGAGGGGAGUGGGGAUCAAGAGCACCCCAGUGACGAUUGUUCUGCCAGACACCAAAGGAAAAUCUUUUCUCUUCAACAUCAUUGACACCCCAGGUCAUGUCAAUUUUUCCGACGAGGUCACAGCCGGCCUUCGCAUCUCGGACGGUGUCGUGCUCUUCAUCGAUGCAGCUGAGGGGGUGAUGCUGAACACGGAGCGGCUGAUCAAGCACGCGGUGCAGGAGAGGUUGGCAGUGACCGUGUGCAUCAACAAGAUCGACCGGCUCAUCCUGGAGCUCAAACUGCCCCCAACAGAUGCUUAUUACAAACUCAGACACAUUGUAGAUGAAGUUAAUGGUCUCAUCAGCAUGUAUUCCACUGACGAGAACCUGGUGCUGUCUCCCCUUCUGGGGAACGUGUGUUUCUCCAGCUCGCAGUACAGCAUCUGCUUCACGCUGGGGUCUUUUGCAAAGAUUUAUGCAGACACAUAUGGAGACAUCAAUUAUCAGGAGUUUGCCAAGCGGCUUUGGGGUGACAUCUACUUCAACCCGAAGACCCGCAAGUUCACCAAAAAGGCCCCGACGAGCAGUUCCCAGCGCAGCUUUGUGGAGUUCAUUCUGGAGCCCCUGUACAAGAUCUUGGCUCAGGUGGUGGGGGAUGUGGACACGACCCUGCCCAGGACCCUGGAUGAACUUGGCAUCCACCUGACCAAAGAGGAAUUGAAGCUGAACAUUCGGCCCCUCCUGCGGCUGGUUUGCAAGAAGUUCUUUGGGGAGUUCACAGGCUUCGUGGACAUGUGUGUGCAGCACAUCCCCUCCCCGAAGGUGGGGGCCAAGACGAAGAUCGAGCACACCUACACCGGCGGCGUGGACUCGGACCUGGGCGAGGCCAUGAGUGAAUGUGACCCCGACGGUCCCUUGAUGUGUCACACAACAAAAAUGUACAGCACUGAUGAUGGUGUCCAGUUCCACGCCUUUGGCAGGGUGCUCAGUGGCACCAUUCAUGCUGGACAGCCUGUGAAGGUCCUUGGAGAAAACUACACCCUGGAAGACGAGGAGGAUUCCCAGAUCUGCACCGUCGGACGCCUCUGGAUCUCGGUAGCAAGGUAUCACAUUGAGGUGAACAGGGUUCCUGCUGGCAACUGGGUGCUGAUUGAGGGUGUGGACCAGCCCAUCGUGAAGACAGCGACCGUGACAGAGCCCCGGGGCAAUGAGGAGGCUCAGAUCUUCCGACCCUUGAAGUUCAACACCACCUCUGUUAUCAAAAUAGCAGUGGAGCCAGUGAACCCCUCAGAGCUCCCCAAAAUGCUGGAUGGUCUCAGGAAAGUCAACAAGAGUUACCCCUCCCUUACAACUAAGGUGGAAGAGUCUGGGGAGCACGUGAUCCUGGGGACAGGAGAGCUGUACCUGGACUGUGUGAUGCACGACCUGCGCAAGAUGUAUUCCGAGAUUGACAUCAAGGUGGCCGAUCCAGUGGUGACAUUCUGUGAGACAGUGGUGGAAACGUCCUCCCUGAAGUGCUUUGCUGAGACCCCCAACAAGAAGAACAAGAUCACCAUGAUCGCUGAGCCCCUGGAGAAGGGACUGGCAGAGGACAUUGAGAAUGAAGUGGUGCAGAUAACGUGGAACAGGAAGAAGCUGGGUGAAUUCUUCCAGACCAAGUACGACUGGGAUUUGCUGGCUGCCCGUUCCAUCUGGGCCUUUGGGCCGGAUGCCACUGGCCCAAACAUCCUGGUAGAUGACACACUGCCCUCAGAGGUGGACAAGUCCCUUCUGGGCUCAGUGAAGGACAGCAUCGUGCAGGGCUUCCAGUGGGGGACCAGGGAAGGGCCCCUCUGUGAUGAAUGUAAGUGGGACCUGUGGGGAAGCCACGUGACACAGGAUGCUCCGAUCCCCGGCUCCCCUCUCUACACCAUCAAAGCCUUCAUCCCAGCCAUUGACUCCUUCGGGUUUGAGACCGACUUGAGGACCCACACGCAGGGACAAGCCUUCUCCCUGUCUGUCUUCCACCACUGGCAGAUUGUGCCUGGGGACCCCUUGGACAAGAGCAUCGUGAUCCGGCCGCUGGAGCCGCAGCCGGCCCCUCACCUGGCCCGGGAGUUCAUGAUCAAGACCCGGCGCAGGAAGGGCCUGAGUGAGGACGUGAGCAUCAGCAAGUUCUUCGACGACCCCAUGUUGCUGGAACUGGCCAAGCAGGACGUUGUUCUCAACUACCCCAUGUGAACGUGCAGCCCUGGCUGGCAGCUCUGGGUCCUUCCCUGUCCCUGCCUGCCCAGCCCUGGCUCCUGGAGGCUCAGGGCAUGCGGGGAGCUGCUCCUCACAUUGUUUUUCCAUGGCUGUGGAAGUCUCCCUGGGCAUUCAUGGACCAUUUGUGGGCAUUCCCUGUGUGGGGAACAGCCCAGAGCCCUGAUCCUUUCUGUACUGUGACCUCCAGCAAGGAGGUUUUCCCCUGGGAUUGGCUCCUCCAGGCACAUGGAGCAGAGCACUGUGAAUAUGUCGGGAUUCCUGAGGGCUGGGCCUAAACAGUGUGUCAGGCAUUUGGGGCAGCUGAGGAGGGGAGGAUUCUGGGGGGGAAGUCUGGAGGGCAGUGCUUCUACCUGCUCCCUGGGAGGAGAGAUGAGUGUGGCUUUGACCUUUUUGUACCCCUUUUUUGAACCCUUGUAAACAUUUAGUACAAACUUC